CCUCCCAGGGCCGACGGGCAGCAAGGGGUCCGUGGUCGAACGCGUGGUUCCUCGCACGCUGCCAUGGUGGACCAGACGCUGCUCACGACUGCGGCCGCCCUGGCGGUCUUCGCCCUGUCCAGGCAGCUCCCGUCGCCGUACAAGGAGGUGGCGCUGCUGUGUACUUGUGCCGGUGCCCUGUACGGGAAGUCCGCCUGGGAAGCAUGGCAGGCGCGGCGAUCGGCGCUGCCGCCCGAGGCCGCGCGGUCAGCGAAGGAGGACUAGGACACAGCAUCCUGAUACAGACGAUCGACCCUGGACCACCAGCGCAUGGAGCAAGUACGCCAAUGACACCACUGGGCAGGCCCGUGCGUCCUCGACGAGGGAGUCGACGCCAGCUCGCGUGCGCGAGCGCACAAGGGUGGAGGCCGGCGGCGGCGUGGACCUGGCAGAUGUUGCGAUACCUUUGCUGCGAGGUGGAGGAGACCGCUCGAGACCGAACGAUCCGUUACGUUGCAUCUUCGAGGAACCUCGUCUGUCUCAAGCAGCUAUGUCGUUUCAACCAUCGACCCAAUCCCUCUACUGUGUUUUUCGAGCCGGAUCUAUCUGUGAUGGCCCCAGGGCCCAGCAUUGGACGAGAACGCCCACUGUUGUGGAAAAAAGUGCAACGCCCAGACCCACAUACGGUCGACACGAAUAGAAAGGACGGGCAACCUUCCCAAGGGUACCUUUGCAUCCUUGCCUCCUCGGUCCAUCCUUGGUUCUUUUCGGCGGCCGCGCCCCUCUCGAGAAGCUUCGAAACGGCGUCCAAGGCCCUCGCCUCCGUACCGCGCAUCCUCACUAUACGGGUUGACUGUACCCUUGACGCCCCGAGUCUCUCGAGACGCCGACCUCCAGAGGUCUCGACCCGCUCCCCCAGACCGGCUCGCCAUCCUGAGUCGUGCUGCGACAGCCCCGGGGGCCCGACCCGGCGAGGACCCCCGGAGGCCGAAAGCCGACAAACAUCGGCCGUCGUGCUCUCCUCGUGGCCCCGAGGGUCGGGGGCGGCCCGACCGGCCCCCAGCAGGCCAUCCCCGUCCGUGGCGUCCCCCCUCGCCUCGCCACGGGACGUGUGCGUAUGCGGCCAGAGGGAGGCUCGAAAGAGGCCAGGUGGGGCCGCGAGAAAGGGGGGGGCGGCGAAUGGGG